AGCCCAUUCUUUUCUAGGAUGUAAUGUUUCUCGGUUGAUACCCCUCAACCUUGCUCUUCGUUUCUUUUGCUCUUAGGUCCGAAUGCAUGUUUACAUUAUAGAUUAGACUUCCGUUCCGUCCUUAACAAAAUUACAUAAAUGUGUGUGACUUUCUAUGAAUAAUUACUUACUGGUAAACAGUAGGCAGCCAAGGAAACAAGAUUACAUCGCCACUAAAGUUAAGCUGUGAAGAUGUCCUAUGAGGCGAAACGAUGCGGCGUUCAGUUCAGUCCCCCCGCAAUUAUUUUACUGUACAAACAAAAAGACACAAACCAAGUGCGCAAAAGAAUAAUACCUGUGCGGAACUUCUCUAAAUACUCAGACUGUUGCUUGGCUGCUGAAAGACUGAAGAACCAUUUUCGGCACAAAGAAUACUUGGGAGGUGUUCCAUUGAGUCAGUUGAAGAGGCUUCACACAGUACUACGAGAUCACAUGCAGGGCCACAGUUUGCAGCACAGCCUUGCCUCAUUCCAGGUGGACCCUGAAGAAGAUCUUAAUAAAUUAAAUGACGAUGACCUGGCCCGCAAGAAAGGGCAAAUGGAUCAACUAUUUGAGCAAAACCGAAGACUCAAGGAUGAUCCUGAUUUUGUUUAUGAUAUAGAAGUGGAAUUUUCCCAAAGCGAUCAGGAAAAGUGCAGUUGGGAUGCAGAGUCGGAUGAUGGAUUUUGAAACCGAUCACCCAAAUAGGGUUUUGGCCUGAAAAGGCUGAUGACUGUACUUUGACUGAGAAGCAUUUACAGAUGAUUAAAUUACGGACAUUGUCCCUGUAACAAAUGA